AUGGAGCAUCAGUCCAGCUUUGACGCUUCCCUGCCGAACCAUCGUCGUGAGCGACGAUAUAGAGACGAGGCUCAUAAACAGCAUCCGCUCUCAGCUGCUGUUAGUGCCCAUAAGCACCAACCUUCUGAGAUAGAAUGGGAGGCUAUAAAAGAAACCACACGAGUGCACUAUAUUGAGCAACGCCUCCCCUUGACCAAUGUCAUAAAAAUACUCGAGGAAGCGCCAUAUAACUUUCAUGCUACGGAAAGGAUGUUCAAGACUCGCCUCAAAAGAUGGGGAUUCGAGAAGAACAUGACAGAGGAGAGAGCGAACAGGAUUAUAGCAGGCCAGUCUCGCUCACCAGAUGCGGAUGCCCGUAUUACGAAGUGGUCCAAGAGGAGAAAGAACAAGCAUCCAGCGGCUUCCAAACAGAGUCAUCGCUUGCGACAGAAACGAGAGACAAUGAGGCCAAGUCUAGACAUCUUUGGCCAUGAGACAUACGAAAACGCUGCCGCCUCCCGGCAGGACAACUCGGGGCAGUUCGGACAUGCCUUCGUCGACCCUUUGGUAUUGAGUCCUACCUCUCUCCCAGACGCAUCAACAAGAAGUUGCCCACAUUCCAUUAGAACUGGGGCAAAAUUCAGGAUUGAAGUCCACGAGCUCCCCGAUCAUGCCUCAAUGGAGCUGGGCAACGAACUUUCACCCGUCUACGUCUCUGAUUCGUGGGGAUGUCAACUCCACGACGACCUUGAAACUCGGCAGUGUUCACCGAAUUGCGACUGCAGACGAUCCGACACUGGCAAGCACACAUUCCAUGCCUACAGCUUGCCAGACACGAUACAUGUCAGAAUCCUUGACAGCGAAUUAUCAUCUGUUCUGUAUGAGCAUCUCAGAAUACCCUACAUUGCCACAGACGCCGGACAAAAGAUCUUCGAUGGGUUUGAACUUCUCAGGAACCACUUCAGAGUGAGGGAGCAUUUGGUGGACUGGAGUUACGUUGCCUCCGCAGAGUGCAUAGAAAGCUCAACAUUUUCUAAACUUCAAUUGCUGGUUGAAGGCUUCUUGGAAGAUUACGCGGUUUGGAGUCGAUACGGUAUUGGGGAACUUUGGAGAAGACAUAUCAUCGAUGAUAACCUGAGGUCGAAGUUCACCAACGAACGUGUCGUACGGGGAAUAUCUGCGCUCGACGACGGAUUCAAAUGCGCGGAUUCUGUCCUAGUAAACGCACCUACCGAAUCCAACGAUGACUUGGACAUUGGCCUCGAGGAUCUAAAUCCACCGGUCGUCGACUUCUUCGCCGGGGUUCCGAACAGCGACGUGCUACUACCAGAGCUACUUACACCAUCACCGCCGUGGGACCCUCCCAACCAAAACGCACGUAGUUCUAUCAACAACGACUGGUAUGACAGUGUGCUCUCGUAUCCUUGGGGGUGGCCAACCCCAGCCGAGAGUCCUCACUCCGCUCCCUCCGUUCCCUCCGAACCUUGGUGUUUCACGUCCUACGACUCCGAUCCGUCAGGACAACUACCUCUAGGCGAUGCAGCUGCCAACCCUUGCGAUGAUGGAACUCUUUUGCUGGGAGCCAUACAAUCCAAGGAUGCGCGUGAGGUUUCCCGACUCCUGGACAAGGUAGCCGACGUCAACUGCUUUAUUUCUGUUCCUGGGGGCUAUACUACCCCAUUAAUCGCCUCAAUACAGGUUUUAAGCGAUGAUUUCGUCAACCUCGUGAUUGAACGCGGCGCAGACAUCAACCUCAGAGUGGAGAUGAAAGAUGGCAACCAUGCCCACUCCUUUACCGCGCUUCAUGCAGCGGUUGAUCUUGGAUGCCUCCCUAUAGUGAAGAUACUAUUAAGUCAUGGGGCUGAUCUCAGUGCGCUGUGGAAAGUGCGCGGCGAGCAUGCAUUUUCAGAGGCAUCUGCCUUGAAUGUAGCACAAAAGAACCACCAUCAAGAUAUCUUCGAACUCAUUCUGACUUGGAACACUUCGUUCGCGCCAAACUACAAAAAGAUCAACUUCGUCGACGAUUCCAAUCUAUCUGAAAAGGCAUCCAAAGCACGAAAGCUAUUGCGAGCGACAGCCGAGGGCAAGAUCGAUGCCAUCAUUCAGCUCUUGAGAACCGGGGCUGAUAUCAAUGCCAUUUCCUUCAACGGCACGGCUCUCAGCGUGGCUUCUCAAUCGAAAAAGCAACAUGUGAUUAACGCUCUGCUUAGGCGUGGCGCCAGCGCUUCCUUAGCUUCUCUCUAUCUCGGACGAUCUGGCCAUACGGACGUUGCAGAGUCUCUUGUUAAGUUUGCCUAUGGCAAACGGGUAGGCUUCCAAAAUCUUCGAGCCAGGUUCAUUCGACAAUACAAGAGGCUAGUUCGAAUCUCGCACAGCUCUCGAACAAAACUCGGUAAUGUUACCGAGAAAUUCCCGAGUUAUCGUCGUGUGUGGUCGACUGGUAUUGCCGUGGCACAGAAUAUCUGCAAGGGGGAAACGCCGAGCAACGUGCUGGACACGGUAGCGCUCCUUGCCAUUGCGCGUGCCAUCGCCGAGACUCUGGCAGGAGAUAAAGGCGAGAUCGAUUUCAUCGACCAAUUCGAAAGUGACCUUGUCCGAUGGCAACAGUUGUUCCUCGAUGAAGACAGCCUUGGGUCGUAUCGCGAAGCAGCGCGUCUCCUGUGGGGAGUUGAGAUAACGGAGCACCUCAUCCACGACGACGAUAGCAACAACGACCACGUUCUCGAGCAAUUCAAAGAGCUCAUCUCGACGCUACUUGACAAGGCCCAUGACGGACUAGGGCUAUACACAGCCCCAGUUGACGGCGAUGACGAUGCGAGCUUGAGACUAGAUAUCAGCAUUGCGAGAUUCAAGCAGAGGCGCCUUGUACAACACGAUCUAGCCUUGUUGUCUAUCGGCCGUCGUGCUUGUAGUCCGCGUUUACCUAUUGUAUCUGCUUCGGUGGCACUUCCUACCCCAUCGUCAGGCUUCCAACCAUCCUCGCCUCCGCGGGCGCCCAAGAAUUCUCUUCGAGAACCAGUCCUUAAAGACCCAGUCCCAGAUCCCAUGCUUCAAGAUAUAUCCCAACAUCUGACCCAAGAUGUGAUUCACGAAUAUACUGCGUGGAUGAGGAGGGCAGUUGAGUACCUCAUACGAGGCGCAAUCUUUGCUAUUGUCUUUUAUUUUCUCUGCCGGAUGUCUAGCCAGUCGACUAUCGAGGCGGUAGAGAAGGCAAAUGGAGUAAACUUGUCUUCAAUGAGAUACCGGCUACUCACUCUACGAGCUUUUCUGGGCAUUGGGGAUAUGUGUAUUCAGCAUGCCUCGCCAGAGACGUACCAACCUCGCAAACGAAAAUGCAAGCUCACCCCGAAGGCCACUAGCCCCGAUCAAGUGACAGCUCCCCGUCAUUGGUAUCAGGAUUUGCAAUCGUGGAAAGGCAAAUGGAUGUGA